AUGAAUCAUAGUCGGAUCAAACCUUUCGACGUUGCCAUCGAGGCCAGUCGAUUGCCGGCUGAAUGGGAGGUAUGGAGAUUGGACCUCGAAUCGUUUUUCGUCGCGCAGCGUAUUGAAUCACAACGAGAUAAACGAGCACAGCUUGCGUAUCUGGGUGGACCGGGCUUGCAAAAUCUUCUACGGUUGCUGCCUUUAGCCGAUCGGGUACCGCAUGUGACUCAAGAUCCACCAUAUUACGAUGUUGCUGUUUCGUGCUUGAACGAGUAUUUUGAGCCGUUUCGCCGCAAGAUAUACGAACGCCAUCUCUUCCAUAAAAUCGUCCAAGACCGCGAGGAGCGUUUUACCGACUUCGUUAUGCGACUCAGAAAGCAGAUUGCAAGAUGCAAUUAUGACCAGUCAGUAACAGACCAACUCAUCGCAGAUCGUAUCACGACUGGAUGCCUGUCGGAUGAACUGCGAACAAAGUUACUACAAAAGGAUCGAUCAUUGGAAGAAAUUGUGGGUGGAGUAGACGUGCCUAUGACUAUUGAUUCGGGUGCGGAUGCCAACAUUAUCACGCAGGAAGUGUGGGAACAGAUGAAAAAGGCCGAUGUGAAUGCUUUGGGUAUGUCUACAGACGUCGAUCGCACACUCACAAGUUACGCAGCGGAAAAGCCGCUGCAGAUUGUGGGAAUGUUCAGUGCUGAGGUGGUUGCAGGUCAAAACAGAUCAUUUGCAAAAUUCUAUGUGGUAAAAGAUGGCCAACAAUGUCUUCUUGGGGAUCGUACGGCUAGAGAUUUGAAAGUGUUAAAGGUGGGCUUCGAUGUUUGCUCGGUACAAGGAGAUGGCAAGCAACCUUUUCCAAAAAUUCGUGACGUUGUGGUGGAAAUACCUGUUGAUCAGAAUAUUCAACCAGUCCAGCAGCCAUAUCGGAGACCUCCAAUUGCACUGGAGGAGAAAAUCGAAACUAAACUAAAAUUACUGCUAAACCAGGAGAUAAUCGAAAGCGUUACGGGACCAUCGCCGUGGGUUUCUCCUAUGGUUCCCGUUAUUAAAGAUAAUGGCGAUAUUCGACUUUGUAUCGAUAUGAGGCGUGCGAAUCAAGCAGUCAUUCGAGAAUCGCAUCCUCUUCCAUUAGUCGAUGAUCUGCUGGGUUCGGUUAAGGGAGCCGUGCGCUUUUCCAAAAUCGACAUUAAAGACGCGUAUCACCAAAUCGAGAAUUCGGAACGAUCAAGGCCAGUAACGACCUUCCUGACAAAAAAUGGUCUUUUCAGAUACAAGCGGUUGACGUUUGGAGUAAGCUGCGCUCCGGAGUUAUUCCAAAAAGUGAUGGAGUCGUUGGUUGCUGGUUUGCAGGGAGUUAUCGUGUAUCUAGACGAUAUCUUAGUCUACGGGACAACUGUUGACGAGCAUGAUGUUCGGCUGAAGUCGUUUUUGAAUCGACUGUUAGAGUACAAUGUCCUUAUAAAUAAGGAUAAGUGCAUAUACAAUGUCGAGAAACUUGAGUUUUUAGGUCAUGAACUUUCCAUUAAUGGAGUACGUCCAACUGAAUCCAGAAUUGCAGCACUACAAAAUUUUCGGGAUCCACUGAAUGUAUCCGAGUUGAGGAGUUUCCUCGGACUAGUUGGUUACGUAGGCCGCUUCAUACCUAACCUAGCUGCUAAAACUGAUCCACUAAGACAACUUCUAAGAUCGGGUUCGGCUUUCAAUUGGACGGAUAAAGAAAAAUCAGCGUUUAGGUUGAUCAAGGAAGCACUUAGUAAUAUAAGUUACCUGGGGUUUUUCAAUCCGAAAGAUCAGUCAAAGCUUAUAACUGAUGCUAGUCCAACAGGUUUAGGAGCGAUUUUGUUGCAGGAAAACAUUGCUGGGGAAACGAGAGUUAUCGCUUACGCUAGCAAAGCACUGACGGAUUUAGAGAAGAAAUAUUUUCAAACGGAGCGUGAGGCAUUGUCCUUAGUGUGGGGGGUUGAAAAAUUUCGUCAUUAUCUGCUGGGGGUAAGAUUCACUCUACUAACGGAUUGCAAAGCUUUAAAGUUCUUAUUUAGCCCACGAUCCAGGCCUUGCGCUCGAAUCGAACGAUGGGUGUUAAGAUUGCAAGGGUACUCGUACGAAAUUGAACAUAUCUCGGGUUCGGCGAACCUUGCGGAUGCUUUCUCCCGUCUAUCGGUAUCAUCUAACGCACAGUUUGAUCGUUCAACGGAAGCCUAUAUUCGAUACGUGUCUAAUCAGGCCGUCCCGGAGGCGCUCACUUUCAAAGACAUCGUGGAUGCGACGAAUAACGAUAAGACUAUUCAGGAAGUAGUGAAGGCGUUGCAAUGUAACCGACAAGAGGACAUACCUUCGGAAUAUAAGCCUUUCAUGAAUGAGAUGUAUUUCGCAGAAGGAGCAUUAUUAAGAGGGACCCGGUUGAUAAUACCGGAAAGUCUACGGGAACGAGUUAUCCAAAUCGCGCAUGAAGCUCAUCCAGGUAUCGAAGCAAUGAAAAGAAGGUUACGACAAAAGGUGUGGUGGCCUUCGAUGGAUAAACAAGUUUCCAUCGCUGUUAAAAGCUGCAAGUCAUGCGUUUUAGUGUCCUCUCUAGGGGCCCCAGAACCACUACUCCGUACAAAGAUGCCAGAGAAAGCCUGGACCGAUAUCGCCAUUGAUUUCAUGGGACCUCUACCAUCUGGUCAUUCGCUCUUGGUAAUAGUAGAUUACUUUAGUAGAUUCACUGAAAUUAUCGUUAUGAAACAAACUACCGCAAAACGUACAAUUGAAGCGUUGCAUGAGACGUUUUGUCGUUUUGGGGUCCCUGAAUCGAUAAAGUCGGACAAUGGACCGCAGUUUAUUAGCGAGGAAUUGCAGCAGUUCUGUUCGGAAUACGGAAUAGAAUUGCGUAAAACCACGCCGUAUUGGCCCCAGGCUAAUGGGGAAGUGGAGCGUGCAAACAGGACCAUAUUAAAGCACCUGAAAAUCAGCCAGGAGUCCAGCAAUUCAGAUUGGAUGUGGGAUCUGCGUACGUUUCUGCUUAUGUUCAACUCCACACCGCAUGCCACGACGGGGCUGGCACCGUCAUCGUUGAUGUUUGGGCGGAUUCUCCGAGAUAAAUUGCCAAAUUUCACAAGCACGUCGGCGAUUCAGGGCACCGAAUCUGCCCGAGAUCAUGAUUGGACAAAAAAGCUGAAAGGAGCCGAGUACUCCAACACCAAACGCCAUGCAAAACCAACAGAACUGAGGGAAGGAGAUGUAGUGGUAGCCAAAAGAACAGUAAAAGAAAAUAAGCUAUCAACUACGUUCGCGCCAGAGGAGUUUACGGUUGCAGAAUUAAACGGCUCUGACGCUACACUUCGCUCAAAAACAUCAGGGCGAAUCAUGCAUAGGAAUGUCGCUCACCUAAGACCUUUGGUAGCCCUGAACCUUGCUGGAAAAACCCUACAGAGAGAUGAUGUCAACACCAGCAUUAUUCCAAUAGAGCAAAAUACAUCGACGCAUGAGAGGCCAUCGAGAAUUCAGCGUUCGCCGGAAUAUUUACGAGAUUAUGAGAUUUAA